UUUCAAAGGGAGGGGAAGGGGGGGAGGUACUAAUGCCCGUGAGCUUGAAGAUCUAUAACCUCAAUUAUCCAGCAAGAUAUCAAAAUGAGGAUACCAGGUGACUUGGAGGCUAGUUAUUAAAGGGGUCUGUGUUUGGGAUUUAGAAAAAUAUGGAUUUUGUUUCAUAACAGUGAGACUAGUGUUGUUUUGAGGAGCAUGAUAGGGCUUGCCUGGUCGCACAAAUCCAACCUGUGCGAUUGAUCUGGUGCAAAUAACGUGAGAGAUCUCCGGGCUGAUCGAUGAGGUGUCAAUCCAGACAGCACAAAAAAAAAAGCUGUUUGCACAUGCAGUCAGAGGAAAGUCCGGUCUCCUUGAAAGGGCGCAUAGUGGGAGGGCAGCUGGAAGCACAGGGGGCUGAUGGUCCUCUCUCUCAUCAGCUUGUUCUGCACCGAGGAGGAAUCCAUGUGAAGGGGGAGGCGCCCGAGCGAGGCGAGCUGCACGACUGCUGGCCGAAUUCAACAAUUAACCUUGAUGAACACAGAUUGGUUUCACUUAACAGACGCAGGUGCGUGGAGUUUGCGAUCCGGCGCAGCUGAGCGACCCCACGUUCAUGGCUGUGUACGCUGACGCAUUCGAUGCCAAACACAGAAACUACACGGAGAGAGGAUAUUGCAGCUGAUGUGUGUGUAUGUGUGUGCUUUUCUCGACGGGACAGGAUACACGUUGCAAUGGGAGCCCGUCCGACACCCUUCCUCUUGCCGAAUUCAGGAGCAUUGCUGAAUUGACUUUAAUUUGGUGAAUUUGACCGCCUUGUCAUUGCCCAGCCCACCGGUCCCAGCAGCUGAAAGGCAUCUUCGGAGACGAGCAAAAGGGGGGAGAAACUGUCCGCUCCACUACUCUCCAUCUGCGCCCUGGACGGCUUGAAAUGAGUAGCACAUCCUGGCUGUGUUCCGUUUGAAGAAGGCAAGCGGGGCGGCAGUUUUUUUGGCUUUCAAGGACGCAAAAAAAGUGGCCACCGGCCGAGCUGAGAAGCAUGGAGCGGGACGACACCGUGAGCGCGUCCAAAAAGACAAUAAUCUCGAAGAUAUUUAAAGUUCGUAAGAGGAGGGAGAUGCUUUUCAUUCAGGUGUGCUUUAUCUGCAGUGCCCUUUUCCUGGCGUGGGGCAUGUCGGCGCUGUUGACCAAGACAGGCCAUGGGAUGAUCGUGGAGGGACAUCCGAACCUCGAACACUGGGGAAGACGGCUAAUGGCCUCAGUUCCAGACAACGAAACGGAGCAGAAGAACUGUUCAGCACCAGCGGUACACGAGUUCCCCAGUGACCUUUUCACCACUGAUGAACGCAGAAAGGGGGCCGUUGCACUUCACAUCUUGGCGGCUCUCUACAUGUUUCUCGCCCUCGCCAUAGUAUGCGACGAAUACUUUGUGACAGCGCUGGAGAAAAUCUGUGAGAAACUAGAUCUGAGUGAAGAUGUUGCAGGAGCCACCUUCAUGGCAGCUGGCAGCUCUGCACCAGAGCUUUUUGCAUCCGUCAUUGGUGUCUUCAUCACCCAUGGCGAUGUGGGGGUGGGGACCAUCGUUGGCUCGGCAGUCUUCAACAUCCUUUGCAUCAUUGGUGUCUGCGGCAUCUUUGCUGGACAGGUGGUGAUCCUGACCUGGUGGGCAGUUUUCAGGGAUUCCACCUACUACAUCCUGUCUGUUUUGGCUUUAAUUGCACCCACAGGUAUCAUUGGGUUAACUGGGUGUAACCUGUCAGAGAGAAGCUGUGCAGCUCUGUCCUCAGUCCUCAGCUUCCCGUCCUCAAGUCUGAGAGAUCUGGACCUGAGUAACAACGACCUGCCGGAUUCAGGAGUGAAGCUGCUGUCUGCUGGACUGGAGAGUCCACACUGUACUCUGGAGACUCUCAGGUUAACUGGGUGUAACCUGUCAGAGAGAAGCUGUGCAGCUCUGUCCUCAGUCCUCAGCUCCCAGUCCUCUAGUCUGAGAGAGCUGGACCUGAGUAACAACGACCUGCGGGAUUCAGGAGUGAAGCUGCUGUCUGCUGGACUGGAGAGUCCACACUGUGAACUGAAGACUCUCAGGUCAGAGUUCAGCCGACAUCGCCAGAAGUUGGUCCAAGCUGCCAAUGGCGUGGAGACACAAGUGAUCGACGGGAAGGUUGAGAUCGAGAACGGAAACGUGCCAGAGGACAAACCCACCGAGGAGCCGGAAAACAUAACCAUCUCACCGUUUCAUAUCCCACGGGGUAUUGGCAGCAAGUUGAAGUGGCUGAUCUCGUGGCCUCUGCUGCUCAUGCUGUUCGUAACCAUCCCAAACUGUGCCAAGCCUCGCUGGGAGAAAUUCUUCAUGCUCUCCUUCUUCUUGGCCACCGUCUGGAUCGCCGUCUUCUCCUACUUUAUGGUCUGGAUGGUGACUAUAAUCGGCUACACUCUGGGAAUCCCUGAUGUCAUCAUGGGCAUCACUUUCCUGGCAGCAGGCACCAGCGUCCCAGACUGCAUAGCCAGUCUCAUUGUCGCUCGGCAAGGUUUGGGAGACAUGGCGGUGUCCAACACUAUUGGCAGUAAUGUGUUUGAUAUUCUCGUGGGACUGGGGGCUCCCUGGGCGAUCCAGACCAUGUGUGUGAGCUAUGGAUCAGAGGUGAUGAUUAACAGUAAGGGCCUGUUGUACUCUGUGGUGCUUCUGCUGGGCUCUGUGGCCCUCACGGUGCUGGGGAUCCACGUGAACAAGUGGAGGCUGGACACGAAGCUGGGCAUUUACGUGCUGGUGUUGUACGCCAUCUUCCUCUGCUUCUCCGUCAUGAUCGAAUACAACGUGUUCACCUUCGUCAACCUGCCCAUGUGCAUGGAGGAGUAGAGUACUGCGCAGGAAUCGCAUACCAAAACCUCAACGCUCCCAUAGCAACCCAACAUUUUCUUUUUUUUCUUUCAAUGAUACUGGACCUAUCUGCAGACUCCUUUCCUUACUUGCAAUCCUUUGUCCCUAAUAUGAAUCUCAUUUCCUAAAGAGGCAGUUUAGCUGUAAGAGUGGACUCCGUUCUGCUUCUCUAAUUUGACCUCUUGUCACACAGUGCCGGUCCUUAAUGCCCAUUUGUUCAGGCUUUGCCUGUUAUUGCAGUUAAAGUCUUUAUUUCCUCUUGAGCGCCUGCUAACUUUCUACCCAUCUAGCAUGCCUUUAGAUGUCGGGGAUCUCAGAAUCAUAAGUGCCCCUGUUGAUUGUCGGUGUGUGUGUUUUCACUGUUUUCACAUUGUAGAUUUCCACACACCAUUUCCAAAGCCUUUUCACAAACCAAA